AUCUAUGCGCCGGAUGCUCCGCGCAUGCGCACAUGCUAAAAAGCGAUUUGCACAACGGUGUAACAGUAAAGAUGGCGGGAGCCUCCGACCCGCUGGAGGACGUGCUCUCCGACGAGGUGGACCAGAAAGCGGUUAGCGACCUGGUCGGCUCCCUGGAGUCCCAGCUAGGCGACAGAAAGACUCCCGCGGCCUCUUAUUCCGACGGGAAGCGGGACCCAGCGGCGGCCGCUGCGGGACACCUCUCAGGAAAAGUGCGAGAUCAAGUGGGGUCCGCGGAGCCGCCGCAACAAGGGCAUCCAAAAGCGGGGUCGACCCAGGAGCCCGGCGUCAACGACCCGCUGUCCGGCCAGUCUCUCCCCUCCUCGGCCUCUUCAGGACCCACCGGGACCGUAAGAACCGUCGGAACCAGUCUGCAGGCGGCGGGAGCCUCUGCUCUGACCGCUCCGCCUGGACCGGGACCCGUAACUUUGAGCACUCAGCCCCCCGCUAGCUUCCACCGGGCGGCCGUCCUGUGUCCGAGCGCGGCUCCCAGCUCCGCGGAGGCGACCCGGACCUCCUCUCCUGGAUCCCAGGGCUUGAACGGCAGCACCGGAGCCGGUGUCCCCCCGCCGCCCAGCGGGGUCAGCUCCGUCAUCAGCGCCGGGGGCUCCGCUGUGGUCGGGUCCAUGGCUUCACAGCCCGGAUCCCCCGCUGUGACCCUGCCGGGUCACCCCAGCCCGGUGCCCGGCGCCCAGAACGGGCUGGAGCCCAAAGCGGUCCCCUCCCCGUCCGCCUCAGCCCCUCAGGUCCUGAACCACAGCACCCCUCUGAUGCACGCCAAGAUGCUGGUGACCGGGCAGACCCCCGCCGGGACCCCCGUCAUCCUGACCAGCACCCCCCCUCCUCCUGCAGCCCAGUCCUCCAUCAUCCAGACCCAGACUGGGACCAGCCCCGGGGCCAAGCCCGUCAUCAACGGGGUGGCUCAGCCCACCGUGGCCGUGGUCAGACCACCUGGUGCCCCUGUCGGGGGUCCCACCUCCAUCCAGCAGCAGAGUCCCGGGCUGGUGGCCGGUACGACCCGGGCACCCACCCCCCAACCCGGGCUGACGGUCCGGCCCCAGCAGCAGACCACCAUCCAGCUGCCCCCUGGCUUCACCAUUCCUCCAGGUAUGGUUCUGGUCCGGACAGAAACGGGUCAGCUGGUCAUGGUCUCUCCACAGGUUCUGGCUCAGGCUCAGGCCAAGAUCCAGCAGGGCCAAACGGCGGUCACACAAAGACCCGCGGCGCCGAUCGGCACACCCACCAUCCGGGUCAGCACCGCCACCACGGCGCCUGCAGGCCCCCCAACCCCCCGCCUGGCCUCGGCCCCUCCCACCAGGAUCGUUCAGUCCCCCUCCACCUCCUCCGUACAGGCGCUGACCGGCGCCGUGUCCAUCAGGAUGGCCACGCCUCAGAAAACCUCCACGGUGAUAACGGCCGGCGGGAAUGCCAAACCCGCCGUCGUGCCGCCGAGCCCGCUCCCCAACACGGCCACGCCCACCCCUCCCACGGCCACGCCCAUCACCAGAGUCACGGUGGUGUCGCAGGAAAUGCAGGAAAACGUGAAGAAAUGUAAAAACUUUCUGGCCACGCUCAUCAAGCUGGCGUCCCACAACUCCCCGUUUCCAGAGACCUCCAAGAAUGUGAAGGCCCUGGUCCAGGACCUGCUCGAUGCAAAGAUUGAGCCUGAGGAGUUUACGUCUCGGCUGCAGGCUGAGCUGAAGUCCUCCCCACAGCCCUACCUCAUCCCCUUCCUGAAGAAAAGCCUCCCCGCUCUGCGUCAGACGCUCCUCAACAGUCAGCAGUCCCUGAUGACGGCUCCGCCCAGCACCUCUGCCCCGCCUCCAGCUGCUCCCGGCUCGGUCACCGCCGCCGCCACCAUCAGGCCGCCGCCGCCCGGCAACACCGUGGGCGGCGCCGUCCGCCUGAACCCGCCCAUCGCCAACACAACAGCUGUGGCGGUGUGCAGACCAGGAGUCCAGUCUGUACAAACCCACUCACCUGUUGUCAUCAACCAGACCCUCAGACAUCCAGGGACGAUGAUGACAUCAACGACGUGGCGUCGAUGGCCGGCGUCAACCUGAGCGAGGAAAACGCUCGUAUCCUAGCAACCAGCUCGGAGCUGGUCGGCACCAAGAUCCGAUCCUGCAAAGACGAGUCCUUCCUGCCCCCGGGCCUCCUGCACCGGCGCAUCCUGGACACGGCCAAGAAGCAGGGAGUGACGGAGGUCCCGCUGGACGUGGUGAACCUGGUCUCACACGCCACCGAGUCCCGGCUGCGCUCGCUGCUGGAGAAGGUCACAGUCAUCGCUCAGCACCGCUCAGAGGGCGGCAAGGAUGAAGAGCACUACGAGCAGACGACUGAUGUUCGAUCUCAGCUCAGAUUCUUUGAGCAGCUCGAGCGGCUGGAGAAGCAGAGGAAAGACGAGCAGGAGCGAGAGAUCCUGCUGAAGGCCGCCAAGAGCCGGGCCCGGCAGGAGGAUCCAGAACAGAUCCGGCUCAAGCAGAAAGCAAAAGAGCGGCACCAGCAGGAACAGGCGGAGAUCCGACAGCGGGACGCCAACCUCACGGCUCUCGCUGCAAUCGGGCCACGCAAGAAACGCAAACUGGAGUCCGGAGGCGGCGGCGAGGUGGCCUCGGGCUCAGGUGUGGGUUCCUCGGUGAGCUCCUCCCCCCGGCAGCAGCAGCUCCGGCAGCGGAUCACACGAGUCAACCUCAGGGACUUCAUCUUCUGUCUGGAGCAGGACCGCAGCACGACCCGGUCCCUGACGCUCUACAAGGCCCUGCUGAAGUGAUAAGCCCCGCCCCCGAGUCCUCCGGUCAUGGCGAGGGGGCGGGGUGAUGCUCCUAAACCGCAGCAUCUCACCUGGACACGCCGCCCACAGGCCGGACCCUCAGCUCUGCUGUUACACAACGUCUUGAGUCUUCAGGUCCGGUUCAGACCCCUCCCUGCUGCUGGGAGUCAGACCAGAACCACCUGAACCAGAACCUGGACUCUGCUCCGUUUUACCUCCACAGAUUCUUACACAGGAAGUUUUCUACAAGAACUCUCAGGGACGGUUCUGAUCCACGUUAGUCCUCCGUGAGAAGGAACUUUGGUUUUAUUGGUUUUACUGAUGACGCCAUCGGUUCUGAUUGGACCCACCUCGACCCGCCUCAAAGCUUCAUCAGAGGAUAAACCACAACUGGACCAGUCUGUGUGUCUGCUCUGAUUGGCUGUCAGACAGGAAGUUGCUCUGAUUAGCUAUCAGUGCCCCGCCCCCUUUCCUGCAGACUCCUGUACCUGAACAGGUGCCUUCUGAGUGGACCCUUCAGGACGCCAGCUCGCUGCGGUUCAGAGAGUUCUACUUGGUUCUGAUCGUCCUCUCAGAACCGGGUCGGGUCGCGGUGGGGGUGGAGACGGAUCGUGACGCCUCGAUGGUUUUAACGGUUAAUCGUGAUCGACGCGCUACAGGUGUCACUUCCUGCUGGGAGUCCGACAAUCAACCAAUCAUCUGAUCAUUUGACCGGAUCAGACCAGAACCAGAACUUUCUCAUUUUUAAAAAAGGUUUUGAACUCUUUAAAUGUGAAUCUGAACCUUUUCCCACCAUGUGACUCACAGGAAGUGACUCCUCCUCUUCAUCACCUCGGUUCUGAUGAAGACCGAAGCUGUAGAACCUGUAGACGCAGUCGGACCUCAAGAGUCUGAAGGUUUUUAACGCUUUAAAACAACUUUUAGUUUGGGUUUAGCUCCGCCCCCUUUAGCUGGAACCGACGCCGAACACUGAGCUUUGGUCCACGGGCCGGACGGUUCUGAUGGUUCUGAAUUUAUUUAUAUUUCCUACUUCCUGUUUUCAGCCUGAUGCAGUUUUACACGUGUUUGUACCUUUUUGCUACAAAAUAAAACCAAGAAGAAGAAA